AUGUCACAUUCAAAUAGCUUUUUCUUUGGGGACGCGUCACACAAGAGCUAUUCCAAAAGCUCUUUGAAAGAAGUUGUCAGAAAUAAAAAUGACCCCUCAGAAUUGACACUUGAUCAGCUUGACAAGAAAGGAUGGCGAUUUCCUAAGGGACUUGCACAUCAAUCUCAAUUUGAUAAAAUGCCAGUCUUGAUGGACUUGAAGAAAGCUCUUCAAGCUAUGAGAGAAUUUCAUAGAAGGGGAGCGCACACUGAGGGGUCAACAGUAUCAAGUUCCAUCAAAGGGAAUAAGCUUAAGGGAAAUUGGGACCAUCUAGAUCACGACAUGGGCAAAUUGGAAAUAUGGGAGAAUGCACACAAAGACAAAAGAACACGUUUUGAAAGUGGCACCACCGAACUCAUACCGCCCUAUAAGAUUACGCUUGAAGAAACGUGGGAUUACAUUUACAAAGCAUUGCAGGUCACCCAUUUCCUUCCCCAAGACGAAAAGGGUCAUUUGUUUUUUGCAAAUCUCCAAAUCCUAUUGGCUGAUGCCCUUGAGAUAGGCACCAAACAAGAACAAAAAACUUCCUUUGCGCAAAGAUUUGCAGCAAAUUUACGACCACUCCUUGCCCAGCCACAAUUUCCUCGCUUGCUGUCAGAGGCCUCUGGAAGAGAAAUCCUCCGUCCUAUGGAUAGACUUUCAAAGUGGUUAAAACAAAAUGCUGAAUUAGAAUUUUCCAAUUGUGAAGAACACACCACUCACACAGAUAAAGUACCACAGGCUAUUCCAAGUGUUUUGGUGCAAUCAUGA